AUGAUACUACUACUUCGAUCGUGUGCUGCCCUUGCGGCAUUGGCUGGCUGUGCUCAAGCAGCAGCGAUUUCUAGGUCGUCGUAUAAAGAUGGAACUUCGCUUGUGCAGCCGGUGUAUAAGCCGCUAGAUCUAGGCUCGAUCAAGCCGCUGGGAUGGUUUAAAGACCAGCUCGAGCUUGAGGCGGCGGGGCUGUCGGGGAAUAUGUUUGAUUUCUAUCGCUUCGUGCAUGACUCGAAGUAUAUAGGGGGGUCUACGGAGUAUUCGGGUUUAGAUGAAGCUUCGCCGUACUGGUUCAACGGCCUUGUCCCGCUGGCUUUUGGAUUAGGCGACGAGAGGAUUAUCGGCCAGGUGAAGUACUAUCUGGAUUAUAUCCUCGACCACCAACAGGAAGACGGGUGGAUUGGGUGGGAAACUACGCAAGCUACGAGGGGGCUCUGGGCGCGGUGCUUGCUUCUGCUGGGACUUGUGCAAUAUGCGGAAGCUGAUCCGACUCAGACGGAGCGUAUUGUCGAUGCUAUGCACCGCUAUGUCGUCCUUGCACAUAGCAUGCUCCAGAAUAACUACACUGGCCUCCUCGUGCAUGGUAACGACACUUACGAUACUGCCGGGUUUGGUGUAGGUCGAACGCAUGAGAUGCACAUCCCGCUGCAAUGGCUUCUAGAGCGAUACCCGCGGAACAACUCUGAGGUUAUCUGGGAAACUAUGGAACUCAUGGUCGAGGGAGGAGUACUAUGGGGAGCAGACUGGAGAACAUUCUGGACAGACGAAGCAUAUCCGCAUGUUCUAUACGAAACAACUCCCUUUGACCUGAGCUGGGUCUUCAUCCACGGGGUAAACAUGGCACAAGGACUGCGAUACCCCCUAUCCCUAUACCUCAACAGCGGAGACCAAGCCCUCAAGGAGCAGACCCGGAAAGCCGUCGACCUGCUAGCAGAGUACCACCGCUCGCUCGCGGGCACGAUCCUCGCCGACGAGUACAUCUCCGAUCUGAAUCCCAGCCGGGGAGCCGAGCUGUGCAUCGCGGCCGAGGUCAUGUUCUCCUCGGCGUAUAUCUACCAGUACCUCGGCGACAACGACAUCGCCGACUGGGCCGAGCAGACUGCUUUCAACGCGUUUCCCGUGUCCGUCUCGCCGGACUGGUGGUCCCAUCAGUAUGUCCAACAGGAGAACCAGCCGUGGUCUCGAAACCUAAGCACCGACGACCUCUGGUGGGACGUGAACUCGUACGCCAACGUCUUCGGCCUCGAACCAAACUAUCCAUGCUGCACGGUCAACCACCCGCAAGCCUACCCCAAAUUCCUCGCCAACUCCUUCGCCACGACCCCCGACGGCGGCCUAGCCCACGUAUUCCUCGUCCCCGGCACCGCCGCCGCAACCCUCGGCUCCGACAACCCCGUCUUCAUCUCCGUCAACACGACCUACCCCUUCGGCCACACCCUCACAUACACCAUCUCCGCCUCCCAGCCCUUCGACUUCUCCAUCCGCAUACCGACCUGGGCCCUCCCCAGCCGCAGCACCGUCAGCACCAGCUCGACCAACACCAGCACCGGCGUAACCAGCACAUCCCUCUCCCCCGACGACGACAACCGCAGCCUUCAACACAUCGCCGUGCCCGCCGGCAGCAGCACCGCCACGGUCCGCCUAGCCACGACGCCGCGCGUCGUCCGCCGCGCCAACGACACCGCAGCCAUAUACUACGGCGCCCUGCUCUACGCCCUCGCCAUCGAGCACGACGCCGUCGCCGUGCCCCCGGUAGAAUACCGCAGCGGGAACGUCCUGCCGCCUUCGACGACGGAUCCGCACGGCCACACGCACGACUACGUGCUUACGCCUAAGCGCGGCAGCAAGUGGAAUCUUGCCAUCGAUCCGACGCAGAUCCACGUUGUGCGGCGGAGAAGCGGGGGCUCGAGCCCGAGUGCGUUUGAGGAGUAUAAAGAUGACGUCCUUGAGGUUAGCAGCGACGAGCUCAAGAAUCCAAUUUGGGAUUUAGGCGCCCCGCCUAUCGAGCUGCGCGUUGCUGCUGUUGAGAUCGAUUGGCCCAUUGUCAUGGACACGGCUGCGGAUCCGGGUACGUUCGAUGUGACACCCGUGGGGAAGCCGUUUUACGCCCGCUUCGUGCCUUACGGCUCGAGUAAGUUGCACAUGGCGCUAUUACCCGUCGUCCAGCUGGACGAUGUAGACUUUGACGCGUCCGACUAA